AUAAAAAAAGUGGGUAUUGAAAGUAGUACACCGUUGGAAAAAUAAUAAUUUGUCGUUAGGUAUUAUUCUUUUGCCACCCUUUUCGGAUCUUUCUUUCCCCAAAUCGAAACACGCAAUUUCUCUCUCUCUCUCUCUCUCUCUCUUUCUCUCUCUCUCUCUCUAAGAAAAUCUGUCUCUCAUCUUCCUGCACAGGUUGCUAAUCGUUCAUGGCGAUUCGAAUUUCAUGAUUUCUGGCCGUAUCCCAUUCGAGGGUGCAUAAUUUUUUUUUUAACGAAACUGCUUUGAUUUGAAUUCUGUGGAAGUGGUAGAAGGUAGAAGAAGAAGAAGGAGAAGAAAAAAAUAAAGGGUAAAAAAGAUUGGGUCUUCACUAGGAAAAAUAGAGUAGUGGAAUUAGUGUUCUAGAAACUGAUUAUAGUUUUAUGGGUUUAUGAUUUCUCAAUUGGGGUAACAAGAAACAAUGUUCAACAAAAUAAUGAAACGAGGGCAGAAGAAGCCCUCGAAAGCGGAGGCAAUCGAGCCUCCGAUGCCGACCUCAUCGGCCUCCAACGUGACUGUGAAUCACGCAUCGCGGCUCGCCGCCCCGUCACCGCCCCCAUUGACUCUUGCAACAGUCCCACAAAACCCAGGGGUAGUUGAGGUCUUGCCGAUGUUGAAGGAUGUACCGAUUUCGGACAGACACUUGGUGUUCAUCCGGAAAGUCCAAGUCUGUUGCUUUUUCUUCGAUUUCACGGAUACAAUGAAGUCUGCACGAGAGAAGGAGAUUAAGAGGCAAACCCUGACAGAGCUCGUUGAUUUGGUCCAAUCUGGAUCGUGUAAAAUGAACGAGGUAAUGCAAGAGGAGUUGGUGAAGAUGAUAUCGUUGAAUAUUUUCCGGUGUUUGCCGCCAGCACCCCAUGAAAACACAGGCUCUGAGGCUGGAGAUCCUGAAGAAGACGAGAUGUUCAUGGAUCCAGCCUGGCCCCACUUGCAGCUUGUAUACGAGUUGCUCUUAAGAUACAUUGUGUCGUCGGAUACAGAUACCAAGAUUGCUAAGAGAUAUCUCGACCACUCGUUUGUGCUGAAACUGCUCGAUUUGUUUGAUUCGGAGGACCUCAGAGAAAGGGAGUACGUGAAGACUAUUCUUCACCGGAUAUACGGGCGGUUCAUGGUUCACCGACCCUUUAUAAGGAACGCGAUCAAUAACAUAUUUUAUCGAUUCGUAUUCGAGACUGAGAGGUACAGUGGGGUGGGUGAGUUGUUGGAGAUUCUUGGGAGUAUUAUAAAUGGAUUCGCUUUGCCGAUGAAAGAAGAGCACAAGCUGUUUCUUGUGCGAGCACUUGUUCCGUUGCACAAGCCUAAAUGUAUUGCUAUGUACCACCAUCAGUUGGCCUACUGUAUAAUACAAUUUGUUGAGAAAGACUACAGAUUGGCCGACACUGUGAUUAGGGGGUUGCUCAAGUAUUGGCCUGUCACAAACUGCGGGAAAGAGGUUCUCUUCCUUGGAGAGUUAGAAGAAAUUUUGGAGGUUACACAAUCGGCAGAGUUCCAGCGCUGCAUGGUUCCUCUGUUUAGACAAAUCGGAAGAAGUCUUAAUAGCCCACAUUUCCAGGUAGCGGAACGGGCUCUUUUCUGGUGGAACAACGAGCACAUAGUAGGCUUGAUUGCAGAGAAUCGACAUGUUAUUCUGCCCAUCAUAUUUUACGCCUUAGAGAAGAAUAUAAAAAGUCACUGGAACCAAGCAAUCAACGGGUUGAGCUCAAAUGUUCGUAGAAUGUUCCAAGAAAUGGAUACGGAGCUAUUCGAAGAGUGUAAGAGGCAGCACGAUGAAAAAGAGGCCAAAAGUGAAGAAGUUGAAGAAAAACGCGUCUCCACUUGGAAAAGACUCGAAGAAGUUGCUGGUCAGAUCACUUAAUGAGAAGAAAAAAAAAACACGGUUCUUCUCUUUGUAGAGAUCUAUCUUCAUGUGGGUUUUUUUUCUUUCUUUCGAAAAACGUAUUUCUACUGCUACUUCUUCUUUGGCUGCUGCUUGAUUGUUAAUUCAAGGGAAAUAGGAAUGACUUGCGCGAAAAGCAAAGUGAGAGCUGAAAGAAAGGAAGAUAGCAAAAUGAAAGAGGAGGAGGUACGAGGACUAUUGAAAUUUUUUUGCCGAUUUUUUUUUUUUUCCGCCUUUGUUUUUGUUUUUUUUGUUUUUCUUUUUUUGGUUUUCUUAUCCUAAUAAUUAAACUUUUUUUUUUGUUUAUCUAUUUAUUGGUUGAAAUGUUUUCCAACCAUUACCACUUCUCCCGAAACAAAAGAAUCUGAAAAGAAAAAAAAACGAAGGAUGGGGUUCUUGACGAAGACGGUUCAAGAGCUAUGUAAAUAUUUCAUUCAUCUUUUUUUUUUUUUUUGUGUGUCAUUUGAUUAUAGAUUUGUAUGAGGUGAUAUAGGUCUUGUUUUGAUUUUAAGUAGCUCGAUUGUUGAAGGUGAUGUUUGUUUUUUGUGGUUUCUUUUAUUGGACAAUUUUGUAGCAGAUAACAAUUUUGUCGAUUCUUUCGAUCUCAAGUACAUUAUUGCAAUUCUCUUCCGAGAAAA